GUGUAGUUUUGAAAAAUAUCUGCGACGGAGAAAUGGCUGGUGAAAGUGACGGAGAAGAAAGUGCGAGUCUUGAGAGGACGCCGACAUGGGCCUUCGCUACCGUUUGCUUCGUUCUUAUUUCCAUUUCCAUUCUUUUGGAGCACGGCCUUCAUUUGCUUGCCAAGUAUUUGGGGAGGAAGAGGAGAAAAUCUCUCCUUGGAGCGCUCAACAAGAUCAAAUCAGACUUGCUGCUUUUGGGGUUUAUCUCAUUCUCGCUGGUGAUGCUGGAGAAGCCAAUUGCAACUAUAUGCAUACCUAGAAGCGCCGUAGAAACCUUUCUUCCUUGCUCGAGCCUCACAACUGAUGAAGACGAGGAACCUAAAUGUGAAGAAAAUGGGAAGAUGUCGUUGAUGUCGAGGGGCGGUGUCCAGGAGCUUCAGGUCUUGAUCUUUUUCUUGGCUUUCUUCCAUGUUUUGUCCACUUUACUUACCUUCACUCUUGGUGCUGCAAAGAUGAAGAGAUGGGAACAUUGGGAGGCAGAAACUAGGACCUUGGAAUAUCAAUUUUCAAAUGAUCCAAGGAGGUUCCAGUUCAUUCAUCAAACCUCAUUUGGAAGGAGGCAUCUUAGAUAUUGGAGUCAAUACAGAUUGUUGCGACUGCCGGUUAAUUUUCUUCGACAGUUCUUUCGAUCAGUCUACCAAGUAGACUAUCUCACUCUUCGACAUGGCUUCAUCACAGCUCAUUUCGCUGAAGGAAAUAGCUUCGAUUUCCAGAAGUAUAUCAAGAGAGCACUUGAGAAAGAUUUUGAGGUGGCAGUUGGUAUGCGCCUCUGGAUUUGGGUGUUCUCUGUGCUCUUCAUAUUCUUCAAUGCAUAUGUAUUCAAUAACUAUGUAUGGCUUCCCUUCAUCCCAUUAGUGAUGCUGCUCAUUGUUGGCACUAAGCUGCAAGGCAUCAUCACGAAAAUGUGCUUAGACACUAGUGAUAAGUCACAUGUAAUCCAAGGAACAUUGCUUGUCAGACCAAGCGAUCACUUCUUCUGGUUCGAUCGUCCCAGAUUCCUCCUCCACCUCAUGCACCUCCUCUUGUUCCAGAACUCGUUUCAACUGGCAUUCUUCGCAUGGUCUUGGUACAAAUUUGGGCUGAGGUCGUGCUUCCACCGCAAAAAUGAAGAUAUCGUGAUCAAGAUAGCUAUGGGAGUGCUGAUUCCCAUCCUCUGCGGCUAUGUCACUCUCCCCUUGUAUGCUUUAGUCACUCAGAUGGGAACAUCCAUGGGAAACUCUGUGUUCCCUGAAAAUGUGGUGGGAGGGCUCAAGAGAUGGCGCGCCAAGGCCAGGAGAAACUUGGCUGCGAGGAGAGGAGACUUGACAACGCGAUCCUUGGAUGCAUCGGUGGAAUCAUCUCCCUCAUUUGCUACUCUUGACGCCUCACUGCCUUUAGAUCUAGAUUAUACGAGCGAUGAUGAUGGCAUUGAGAGGUCAUACCACCAGCAGCAGCAGCAGCUCGGCUCUUUUCAUGGUAUCGAGCCGAGCAGAGUCUAGUUUUCGGCAUUGUACAGCUCUAUCUUUUGGAUCAUGUCUCUUAAUUUUUUUUAUCAUUAUUACUAUUAUUUGUACAUGGUUGGUGAAAACCAUUGAUGAAAUUUAUAUAUAUACAUAUAUAUGAUGGAGAUCAUUAUAGAGGUA